UCUGCUUCGAGUACGGUGUGGUCGAGCGAGCGAUAUCCUAUCUGCCCCCGCACAGCAGCCGUGUGGGCCGACCGUAUUCGCUGAUAUCGAAUCUCCAUCGGCGCUUUGGAUCGAGACUCGCCUCCGGUGUACCGGCCGCGGCUUCCCGAUCCUCAUCUUCCCCGGAGACGAGGUCCAGACGUUGCGGCCGAGCUCGUAGCUAAGCCUAUCCCCGAAGCCCGUCGCUGUGAUCGCGGUAACCCACGCCUCCUUGUCGGCGCGCGCGGCCGCUAACAACGAGCCGCUCGAUUCUACCUUUCUAACGGGAGUCGUACCCACGUUCGAGAGCCGCCAUGGAGCGUAUGGACCAGCCUGAAUCAUCCUGACACGACUACUUCGAGCAUAGGUCACUUAGAGAAACUACGAUGUUGCCCAGAUGAGACCCGGCGUUUGACUGUCUUGGGACAGGGCGUCCGCGGAACGGUGUUUUAGGGAGAGCUAGGAAAGAACGAAACAGCUGGUUUGUUUGUAAGCGUCGUGUGUGUGGUGUUUGUUGUGCGCGCCGGUGUAGUUCGUCUUGCUUAAACCGAACGGCGGACCUACGUAGUAACUACCUUUUUUCCUCGAGAAGAGAGCACGUGUGUGGGCCUAAAAAGCCGUGCUUUUGUGAACAGCGCCUCCCGAAGCAUGACACAACGGGAUCAUCGAUUUUUGUACGGUCGCCGGCGGCGACAGAGUUCGGGCAUACAACUCGGACCUUGCAGCGGUAGUGAGACUCCCGAAGGCGAAGGGCUGCUGAACCACGUAAAAUGCCGAAAGCAAGGACCACCACCCAUGAGGGAUGGCGUCGACUACGUCAACGCCGGAGAGGAAGACCAAAUGGAAGUGUUUGGGUACCAACCGGACGGCUGUCGCACCCUGGCCACCUGGUGCGGCAUGCUGCUGACGGCUGGCCUGCUGCGGCUCCUCUUCCACUGGCACCCCGCCUGGUGGCUCUACUGCACACACCGACGCUGCUCUCUCCAACAGGCCAUCAGAGUGUUGCUCGUGGAUCAGUACAAGCAGCUUUUUGUAGAAAAAGUUCGAACUAUCCUGCCCUCUGAAGUCAAUGUGUCACUUAUGCUAUCUGUAACAGGCCAAGCAGAUUCCCCUCUUCAAGAGUCAAACAAACUUGAUGAACUUGUGAUGUUGAAAGCGGGGGGUUCGAUGCAGCCGGCCGAGAGCUUAGUCUACUUUGAGAACAAGAAGAUCCGCUACAUCUGGGAUGCCGAGCUCAAGGCAUUCGCAAGGUUGAGGGGUUUCGAUAAAAAUGUGACGUGUUCUUACUUUCACCAGCAGAAGGGCCUUUCGCUCCCGGAGCAAGUGGUUAGACGAGUUCUUUUUGGGGAUAACGUAAUUAGUGUCCAAAUACAGUCAGUCUUUCGUAUCCUCUUUCAAGAGGUUCUUGAGCCUUUCUAUGUGUUUCAAGUAUUCAGCAUAAUCAUCUGGUUCUCUGAUGACUACUACUACUAUGCCUCAUGCAUCAUUGUCAUGUCUACAUUGUCUCUAGUCACAGGCGUGUACCAGAUAAGGCUGAGUCAGAAAGCCUUGAGCGACACCGUACAUGCUAUGGACGUGGUCACAGUCAAGCGAAGCAAAGGAGUCUACGAAAACAUCCCAUCGGAGCAGUUGGUGCCGGGAGACGUACUUAUCGUGCCUCGCAACGGAUGCGUGAUGCAGUGCGAUGCUGUCCUCACAGCUGGAAACUGCAUUGUCAACGAGAGCAUGCUCACAGGCGAGAGUGUACCAGUCGUGAAGACACCACUGCCGAACCCUGGAGCUUCACAGCCAGCACUGGACGUCAUGUACCACCCGAAAGAGCACAGCCGUCACACGCUCUUCUGUGGCACUAGAGUCAUCCAGACGCGCUUCUACGGCACGGAAAACGUCGAGGCUGUCGUCGUUCGCACGGGCUUUCUCACAGCCAAGGGGGAGCUGGUGCGUUCCAUCAUGUUCCCCAAGCCAGUUGAUUUCAAGUUCAACCGACACAUCAAGAACUUCCUCCUGUUCCUCGCAUCCCUGGCUAGCAUAGGAGUCAUCUAUACCAUUGUGCUCAAGUCUCUUCGAGGUGUGCCCGCCUCGAACAUCAUAGUGCGCAGUUUGGACGUCGUCACCAUCGUCAUCCCGCCCGCGCUGCCAGCCGCGAUGACCAUCGGCAUCGUGUUUGCCCAGUCGCGCCUGCGGCGGGCAUUCAUCUACUGCAUCUCACCGCGCUCCAUCAACAUCUCGGGCUGCAUCAACUGCUUCUGCUUCGACAAGACUGGCACGCUAACCGAAGAAGGGCUCGACCUGUGGGGCGUCGUCCCAUCCAGUGGUGGCAGAUUCCAGGAACAGGUUCCCAACCCAAGCAAGCUUCCGUUGGACUCUUUACUGCUCCAAGGCAUGGCCACCUGCCACUCCAUCACGGUCAUUGACCACCAGCUCUCGGGUGAUCCACUUGAUCUCAAGAUGUUCGAGGCCACCAGCUGGGUUUUGGAGGAGCCGGACAUCGAUGACAACUCAAAGUAUGACAUCAUCGCACCGACAGUUGUGCGACCAGGACCUGCCAGCAGUUUAAAAACACCAUCUGUGCCUUCUUUGAAUGCCGCCGGAGACUUGUCUGAGGUGCCUUCGUCCUUCGAGGUCGGCAUAGUGCGCGAGUUCCCCUUCUCCUCGGGCCUUCAGCGCAUGAGUGUGGUCACCCGUGUGUUGGGGUCAACUCACUUUGACAUAUUCUGCAAGGGUGCCCCCGAGACCAUCGCCUCUCUCUCCAAGUCCGAAACAGUGCCACCAGAUUUCGUGGAGACGCUGACGUCUUACACCCAGCAAGGCCACCGAGUGCUGGCACUGGCACACCGGCCAUUGACGUCGAGCUUCGCCAAGGUUCAUCGGCUUCCGCGAGAAGAAGUUGAGAACAAUCUCACCUUUGUCGGACUGCUGGUUAUGGAGAACCGGCUCAAGCCAGAGACCACUUCUGUCAUUCGCACGCUUCGAGCUGCCAACAUUCGCACCAUCAUGGUCACAGGUGACAACAUGCUGACGGCGGUGAGCGUAGCACGCGACUGCGACAUGAUCGAACGGGGCCAGGAGGUGCAGAUCCUCUCGUCGAGCACGGACACAUCAGACAUGGUGCCUGUCCUCAGCUGGCAGUCCUCGGAGGCACCGCCACCGCCCAACAAACCACAUCGCAAGGGCAGUGAUAUCCUUCCCAACGGCGUGACCUCCAUCUCUAUGGGCCAUCCACUUGUUGCUGUGACGGGAAAGACCUUUGCUGUGCUGCGUGAACACUAUCCAGACGUCCUGCAAAAGGUGGCUGUGUGUGGUGCCGUGUUUGCACGCAUGGCUCCUGAACAAAAGCAGCAGCUGGUGGAACUACUUCAGGAAAUGGGAUACUACGUUGGUAUGUGUGGAGACGGUGCCAAUGAUUGCGGGGCCCUGAAGGCAGCACAUGCUGGCAUCUCUCUCUCGGACACGGAGGCGUCUGUGGCAUCUCCUUUCACAUCCAAGGUGGCCAACAUCUCCUGCGUGCCCACGCUCAUCAAGGAAGGCCGUGCAGCGCUGGUGACGUCCUUUGGCAUCCUCAAGUACAUGGCGUGCUACAGCAUGACGCAGUUCACCUCGGUGCUCAUUCUCUACUCUCUCUACUCCAACCUCACUGACCUCGAGUUCCUCUACAUCGACCUCUUCCUCAUCACCCUCUUCGCCGCCCUGUUUGGCCGUACGGAACCAAGCCCGACGCUGGAUAAGCGGCCACCCCCAUCGAGCCUGAUGGGAGUCACACCACUGACGUCCAUCCUUAGUCAGAUUAUACUAGUCAUUGCUGCACAGGUUUUUGGCAUCAUGGCUCUUUGGAAGCAACACUGGUACCAUCCACACGUACAGGUUGCCGGGGCGGAUGAUCAAGAAGAGCUGGCAUGCCACGACAAUUACACAGUUUUUGCAGUGUCUGUCUUCCAGUACAUCACCCUGGCCGUGGUAUUCUCUCGAGGGCAUCCGUAUCGCAAGACAAUCCUAUCCAACUAUUUGUUCAUUUCGGCGUUGGUGGUGAUGACGGCUUUUAGUUUGUACCUGGUGCUCUACCCCACCGAAAUUCUCAUCGCUGGCUUCGAAUUCCACAUGAUAGACGUAGAGAUGAGGUUCCGGUUGCUCUGCGUCGCCAUUGCUCUGGGCCACUUCAUCAUUGCUUACAUCCUGGAGGACUAUUUCGUUCAGGGUUUCGUUUUCAAGCAGCUCCAGCUGCGAUUCUUCAGCACCUCGACUCCGUACAAGGAGCUACAGGAAGAACUCAAGGACCAGUCACCAUGGACGCCACUAUCACGAGAGUCGUCCAUCAAUAGCGGCGGCACCCGCCGAACAACCCGGGACUGCAUUCUCCAACCCAGUGCCUUACAGCUCGCGUCUCCGCAGGAAGACACCAGUGUCGACAGCGCCAUCGUUGUCGACGCCUUCGGGAGUGAGGGCCCAGCCACCGACAGGCAAAACGGCAACUGCGCGGCACCACUACCCUGCGUCACGCACAUGUGACGAACGUUCCCCAAUGCUUCUCGCGCAAAUCGCUUCGUGACGGGGCGGUUUAGGUCGCUCGCCUUUGCCAUCCACCGUCGCCUCUUUUUGGUGGUUGCAGACUGCAAGUGAAAAGGAGGGCCACGGAGGGGUGAAAAAGAGUUGCAUUCGUUGCGAGCGACAAUUGAAGUGGCACGCAUUUUGUGAUUGCACGUCGUGGCAACUACACUUUUCACUUAACGAUUGAGGCACCCCAUUAUCAGCUCUGUGUGGAUCGUUGUAGUAAAGUUGCGCUUUAACGUGUGAAGAGGAGUGCGGUUGCAAACGAUUCGCUAAUGGCUCAAUUUUUCUGCUUAGCUAGCUGCCGUGGCUGUGCAGGUUGAAAUGGAUGGGGUAGGAAACCGAAUCAAUUGCCGUUUGCUAAAGCGGCUUCUACGGCGUACUUCAUACGGUCGAUUUGCACGCAUUUCAACUUUUGCAGACUGUGAUGCCUCCGAUCGUAAUCUCGUGCAAUUAAUAUUAAAAUAUUGUGAAGCUAUUAAAGACAAACACGGUGGGGCUACAGUGUCGAACCUGUUCAACUUUUUAAAAAGCUUGUUUGUUUUGAGACUUCUGACACUGUCUGUUUCAAGUCUUUCGCCGCGUUUCAUUUGCGAUGUAUGUGAUAACCCGUGGGCAUGACUGAUUUGUAUAUGCCAUUUGUUGGCGGCCACAUUGCAUGAAAGCACACGAUAGUCCUUUGUAUUUUCAGGUAUGUUACGCAGAAUUGGUGCCUAUGCGCACCUAGUUUUGGCAAUUAAAUUUGUGUGUCUGAAGUAUUUCAGUAGUACUACUUCAGUCACAUUGCAGUCAACUUCAGUUUAACGUGGAGAUCAAGUUCGCUGCAAGAAAAAAAAGUAAACGUGAAUCACUCAUCACAGGCACUUAGAGCAUGCACGUAUUUAUUGUCUGUUGUACUGUCUGUGUCCUUACGUUUACUAUGUUUCAUUCAAAAAGAAGAUUUUCAGACAGUCUGCAUGUUAAAGGAGUACUGACACAAAAAUUUUACAUCUUGCGUUGUAUCGCGUAGUUACCCACUUAUCACAGAUGAAAACUUCAUUUGCUCAAGUGUGCGAUGGUUAAUUCAUUGAAGACAUUUUUAUAGCGCCCAGAUGCAGUUUCGGCUUCAGAGUGCGCCGAGAGAGGUUGAACCCAGGGUGGCUUUUUUGUAAACACAGUUGGCCGUGGCAGCGCACAAAACAGUGACACUCUCGUCGUGCAUGGCAUCGCGUGCAUAUGAGCACAGCGUCGACAACUGCGGCAGACAGCGCACGCGAGGAGCAUGGCAGCCAACAAAAACUCGUGCCGUAGGUGUUUGUUGAUUGUUUACAUUAAAACUAAGCUGAUGCCGCAAGACUCUUUUUCACGGUCAUUUGCGUAGCAUACACUUUAAAAUUUAUUUUAGAUGUUCUAGGCCAGCAUUAGCCGUUUAUAUUUUGGGGUUGUGUCCACACAAAUCUAUAUCACAAGUUAUCUCUCCUUCAAAAUCUUGUGUCAGCACUCCUUUAAUUCUAAAAUUUGAAUACUGUAGUAUCAGAGUUACUUCUGCCUGUUCCUGAUUGGAAGUGUGGAUUUAUAGUAGUAGCAGCAGCUGGACUCGCUUUUGUAUCGAUUUUUAGUCAUCUUUUGCUCUUGCCGCUUCUGCCUGCUCAUUUCAUCGGCUCAUUCUUUGUUGCUUGCAAGAUUCACAGGUAAUCCAAUGUUUCAGCUAAUUCGAACACGUAGUAGAUUAAAACUGGCUCUCUAACGUUUUCGCCUAACUGUUUUCACAUUUGAACCUUGGCGUAGCAAACGCAGGCAACGAAUUACGUUUCAUUUUACUGAAACUUUUUGCCUUCCCAUAGCCAUGAAAGGUGGGUAAAAAUUGGGGCGUGAAUAACUGAAACAGCCAGCUGUUUGAUGUCCGUGGUCCUCUAUAUGUAUAAAUGAUUGAGCUGACCAUUGUCAUCUGAAAAAAAAAAAAAAAAAAAGAAUCAAGGCUGUACGUGCAUUUGGUUACUUUGCCUGGUCACGUAUAUAUAUUUGACCUCAUGCAGGUAUGCACAUACUGUUAGCUUGAGUAGUCGUCUUUGCCUUCGAACUUGUACAGUUUGUAACAGAGGUACGUGUAUUCGUGAGUUUGGGUUAACGAGAGUCUGCUAUUAGUAUGCUGUUGGUAUGCCAGCUGUGCAUGGAAGCCGCAUGGCCACAGACUUUACGAGGGCUUCAGCCGCUUCCAGCAAAUGUUUUUUUUUUUUUUAUCAAUUGAGAAACGAGCCUUCGGGAUUUCGAACCUUGUUCAAUCGGAAGCGAUCUGCUGUGCACAGCAAUGGAAGGUUAUAAGUUGUAGGUUCGAUGCAUCUCUUCUAGCCAUCUCCUCUUCGUUCUUGUUAACAAGGUGCAUUGCGGCCGGAAUCGUGUUGCCGAUUGCCACUGCGAAACGAAAAGCUUGCGUGGAAAGAGAUUGAAUGAGUGGUCUCUUCCAUGCCUGCAUUUGAGUGCGUUUCAUUCUCCGAUUUCAAUCCAUACUCUGCUUUUGCUGGAAGCAGUUGCUGCCUUUACGACAUUCCCUUAAAGAUGUGAAAAGGACGUGCUCGCAUUUCGCCUGGUGUUUCCUUUCUUAAGCUGGACACAGAAACGUUCGUAAGUUUGUCCAUGUCUGUCCAGAUAUACAUGCAAAGUUUUUUAACACCUUUUCUCUUUCUUUUUUUCUCUUGCUCACUCAUAAAUUGAACCUUUAUUGCAUUGUGGUGACUGAUAAGAAAAAAAAGUUGCUCUGGUGAAGUCUUCAGAGUGAGGCCUUCCAUUGCUUGAAGUCCUUGCAGUGAAUUUAGAGCACUGAAGUCUUCGGUUUAUUCUCUCCAGUGAAGUCCUCAUUAUGGGGUUCUCCCUGGGAAGUUCUCAUGAUGCAGUCUUCGCUGUGAAGUCUUCGACGUGAAGUAUUCGUUAUGAAAUUCUCAGCAUAACGUCCUCACCCUGAAGCCCUCACUGUGUGGUUGUCGCAGGAAAGUCCUUGCGAUAAAGUCUUGGCUAUGAAUUCUUCAUGAUGAAGUCUCCCUAAUGAAGACUUUAUUACGAAGCCUAAUCAAGGGAAUCAAGGACUUCUCAUUUCACAGUAGUGUUCGCAGUGAAAUCACUGCCUGGCCUUUCUGAUUUCCUGUAACAAAAACUGUUAGGAAUGCCUGGGCAUGAAUAGUGCGGGUACUUCUGCUGCUGCCCUUCACUUGCUUGGCUUGAGAAUUCAAGUGUGUGUGUGUGUUAAUUCACAAGGUGCUUCUAGUCUCCGAGAUAAUGGUGAGCGAAUUUUCACUGAGUGACGUAGUGUGGUAUUAUGCAUCGUGUUUGCCUGGCCUUGCCAUUGGGAUCUUUUAUUGCUAUCCAACUCUCCUGCAGUUGCCAGAAAAGUUGGCAAGUUUGCUAAACAAAAAAUAGUCGGCCUCAACAGUCGUUUAUUUCUGCCAGAAAAGCCUUACUCCUUGCAUAUUUUUUCGUUUUGGUCUAGCGAAUAGUGAUGUUAAACUUGACUGAGGCACAGCUCGUUAACAAGCAGGUGGAGAAGUGUUAUUUGCAGUUCUUGGCGAUAGUCUUGCCUUUGUUGAGUUCGUUGGGCUUCACUAUGUACUUUGCUCACUUGGCGUUGGCUAGAUUUUUUUUUUUUCGUCUAUUCUGCCGUGUGUACAAAUGGUCCUGCUUACUGGCCGUCAACCCAAACAAAAUAUAGCUGUAGGUUUUUGUUUUUCUUUUUGCUGUUGGUUAUCUUAUUUAUUGUCACACUGCUUCCGCUGCAUAUUGACCCGGUGAUUUAUGUGCUAUGUAUUUGUAUGCAGUGGGUAAACUGCACUUCUGUGUACUUAUAGACUGAUUCUUGCUAGUCCCUGUUGAACUCUUAUAGUGUGUGCGGAGGAGUCUAUGGCGUGCACAGAGGAUCUGGUUGACCAUUCAACGAUUUGAGGCCAUCUACAACAAAAUCUCAGCUUUGAUUGAUUGGUCAUUAGUGAAUGGUACUUAAUACUGAAGCAACCUUGGCAUUGCUCUAGAGAUGAUAAUUGUCACAACGUUAUCAAAGUGACUCAUAACGUAUUACGAGCAGUGGCAGCUGUGACUAUGCACUGUCUGUCUAAGAAAUCAAUUUGAUCUCUCCCGCUCUUAUAUCAGCAGCCUUUGAAUAACCUCUCAGCAGACUGACGCAGUCACCUCGUGAUUGCUGGGCACGAUGCCUAUCCCAGAACGUUAAUUGCCUUCCAAGAUUUCGAAUGCUUGCUGCAGGUUCCACCUACACUGUGAGGUCAUCCCCGGGUGCCUAUAUUGUGGCGGUAUUCUUUAGCAAUCGUGACACCAACUUUACUUUGCACCGGACUCAUCGGUGUAUGGGCCGACAGUGUUGGUGUCGCCGUACCGAGCUUGCCAUCUUUGCACUCUGCUACGAACACUGCCGGCCUUGCACUUCUCCGCACCUGGCUGCUGAGUCAUGCAAAAUCUCACGACAGCCGACGAUUGCUCGAGGAUACCACUCUCUGGUCCUUGACAGUUGCGGGCUGUAUGUUGUUUGUGACUGGUGGUAAUGACAGCAUUCUCUUCAGAGCAUUCACUCGCACCUCAAAUGUGACAGUUUUCAUGGCGGCUGCUUUAUGUCUGUGCUUUGUACUCUUCUGAAAUUCCAUUGCAGCUGGCCUUCAGCUGUCGCACUGUACCUUGCAUAACACUCGAGAUGUUAUUAAACCCUGUGCGUUAGUGCUCUGCCUAUGUCACACGAAUUUUAUGUGAGAAUCCACGACGUCAUGAAGCACACUUCAUACAGGUCAUCACUUGACUUGUUUAACUGGAAUAUCCUGUUUAUAACUGGUAUGUGACAAAUGGAUUAUCAUUGUGUACAGGCAUUAGCAGUAGUAGUACCCACUGCACAGAAGCUGACCACUUUUCCUAAUCGAAAUUCAGCCACUUUCUUCUCUGCUGCGGGUGUUACAUUGCCAAGUGUCGUGCGCUGCGCAGAACUGUUCAACUGUGGACCACUUUGACACUCUUGCUGCCAGUAAUCUUCUUCAUCUCAAUCUUUUCUUCCUUUCAUUCUCUCUCUGAACAACCUGCAUUCAGUGUUAAAGUAAUUUCCGUCCAAACACAUUGGGCAAGUGUGCGUACGUGUCUGCUUCCUGUACAUUCAUACGUCGCUUGCGUGGAAUCUCAAGCAUGCUUUGUAAUUCGUCGGGUGCGCUACACAGAUCGUAGACUGGGCAAAGCAAGACUGUUUCUUUUGCGUACUUUACAAUGUGUGCAGUUUUGUCAUUUACGGGUUUGAUGCGCCGGUUUACAAGUUGAAAAAAUUGAGCUCCUCGAGUCCAUUGUCAUGUAAUGCAGAGGUGGCUCUUUCUUUGAGAUGUUCUAUUGAGGUGCUACAUAUUGGUUAAGGGCUGUUGCCAACAGUUGGAGCACAUUCAUCUCGUCAUCGAUUGAUCAUGCAGAUUGCCGUGACAGCAACUGCAGCUGCUUACUGCCACUUUCGAAAAUUCCUUUUCAGACUCGUAAAAUUUUCUACAUUGUACCAAUUCUGCCACACCUGACACCUAAGUGCGAAUAAGUUGCUGGUUGUGCCGGGUUAGCGUCUGCCAUGUAUGAAACUGUCUGCUUCAUGCUUUGCAAUAGUGUUUUCUUUGUUAAAAUCAAACUGAGCUUAUUAAGUACACACAGCCCUAAUCAGAGACGCGCAUUGGCGUCCAUCACGUUGUGUCCGAUGAGGCGCACGUUAGUUGUCCUCACAUACUUUCAUCUGCCGCAGUAAAGUGCUGCGGAGCGGGUGCCAUUUGCAGUACGCAUCACACCACUCCGAGACUCGUUUCGAUAGCCCCCGUAACUGCAACUAGUACGUGUGACGUUUCAUGUGAGAGAUACAAAUACAGUUGAAUCUUGUUAUAAUGAACACUGAUAUAGUGAAUUAUCUGUUACAGUGAGCUAAUGAAAAACUUUGGCUAGCCACGCUUCAUUUCAGUGACAUUUGUUUUUAACAACACUGAAGACGUGAGAGCCGCCGCGAUAUCAACUGUAACAAGAAAUAUGUGGUUCGCGCAAUGCUCAAAACUCUGAAAUUAACAUGAAGAGCAAAAUAAAUAUUGAAAGACAAUUAACAACCACAUUUUUUUUAAAUGUAGUUGUGACAUUAAAAAUUUGGUUUAAAAUGUGGUAAAAGUGUAGUGGAAAUUCUGACCAUUUAACGCAAGAAAAAGUGCAUUUUACCGGUUGAACCUCCUCAACGGCUUGAAAAGAAGGGAAAUCUUUAGAAGCGCUUUUAUAGUGGAUUUGGAGCCAAGAAUAAUAAAUUUCUGCGUCUAGGGUUUUUGCGGCAGCCAGAUUGCCGAUUUUUAUCUAUAUGGUUACAAUGAAUAUACGAUAUACCGAACUAAUUUAUGGUCCCAAUGCUACUUCGUUAUAACGAGGUUCUACUGUGUUGGCAAAGAAUGAAUUUAUGCAAACUUAGCUUAACUUCAUUCCUUGCUUCUGUCCGCGUCUUUUACGCGCAACAUUGCACCUACUAAUGGCAGACCAGCAGGCCCAAGUAGCAAUCUUCGUGUAGUUACUGCGACAUGUCAUCGCUGCUCACGUGUGAUCUCUUCAUGAUUAUGUCUUCAAGGAUGUGAGACGUGGGCACCUUUGGCAGUCCGUCGAAUUGGCACACUCGUUAUCGCAUCAGCUCCGAGUGGAUGUCCUGCGCUACAACUAGAGAGGCCCGCAAAUAAUUGCACCUUCGAUUUUCCGUUUGCCUGCUGCAUCCACGCGUAUACGGUCUUCCAAGUAUAUAAGCAUUGCCUUGCCAAGGAGCACUGUACGUGCAACGUACACCGAGGUUGUCAUUGCAAAAGGGCCUUCAACUUAGCUGUCGGGUGACGGCCAAUAGGACGUUACCAGCCACGAGAUAACAAAGUCAAAGUUAUCUUCCUCUUACAGCCAUGUGAGGAAGGACACUGCGGGAAUUUUAAGUUCUCAGCGGCAUGUGCGCUUUGUAGUCUGACUUUCCUUUUAUAUUCUUGUACUUAUAAGUGGCCGAGUGGGAAAAAAGAAACGUUCGUACUGCUUCCACUUUGCAACAGCGAUGCUUGUAGUGACAAUGAGGGCAUUUUUCUUGUUGAUGUCAUGAAAAAAAAAAAAAGUGAAAAUGCUGGGUGUAAGAAAAAAGAAAAGAAAUUACUACAAGAAAUGUGACAUAUCUACUGUGAAAUUUGUUUUUAUUCGAAAAAUAAAAAAAGGAAACAUUC